CGUACGCAGCCACUCACCAGUUGACAGUUGAUCGUGUUUACAGCGGCACGCUUGACCAGUGAAAUAAUAACAAGCCGGAUCACAGCAAAGAUUGAGCAUGCGGCUGACAAGAUUAUUUUACUCAACGUUACUGAUAGGAAUACUGCAGUUGACGGUAGCCGAGGAUCAGGUCGAGGUGGUGAAAUCGGUUAGUCCCGGGGAUGAGGCUGCCAAGCGUGACAACGAUUCGGACCAGGUGGCGCUGGAAUCGGUAGAUCAGGAUCUGCAAGGAUCGGCACCGGUGCAGUCUUAUCCGCAACACUUGCCACCAUCGUUGGGUCACGGUACCGGAGGGUUAGGAGGUGGACCGGGUCUUGCAAAGCAUGGGCCAGGACCACAGCAUGGUCCACUACCACACCAUGGACCACCGAUACCGCACGGACCUAAUCGAGGAUCACUAAGCCUUGGACAACCAUUCGGACCGCCACCACCACCACCCCCGCAAGCCUUACCCGUUGCACAUGCGUACCACGGACCACCGCCACCGCCACCACCCCCGGGCACGCUUAAAGCGCAAGCCAGCGAGCUCAGUCCGGAGAAGCUGUACGGGCCUCCGCUCGCCGGCAACGAACUGUGGUCCUCGCCACUGCAGGACAUGCCAAAAAUUGUCUCGCUCGAUGUAAAGUGCGAAAAGCAGGGCAUGAAGGUGUUCGUCCAGUUCGAUAAACCCUUCUUCGGCAUCGUCUUCUCCAAGGGUCACUAUAGCAAUGUGAACUGCGUGCAUCUACCGGCCGGGCUCGGCAAAACGUCCGCUUCGUUUGAUAUCGGCAUCCACGAGUGCGGUACCGCUGGCAAUACGGACAACGUGCUGUACAACGGUUACUCCGGCACGGACACAAACGCGGGCUCUUACUUCGAGAACAUCAUCGUACUGCAGUACGAUCCGCAGGUACAGGAGGUGUGGGAUCAGGCACGCAAACUUCGCUGUACCUGGCACGAUCAGUACGAGAAGUCGGUCACCUUCCGACCGUUCCCGGUAGACAUGCUGGACGUCAUACGGGCCGAUUUCGCGGGCGAUAACGUCGGCUGCUGGAUGCAGAUCCAGGUCGGUAAGGGUCCGUGGGCGUCGGAGGUGUCCGGGUUGGUGAAGAUCGGCCAAACGAUGACGAUGGUACUAGCGAUCAAGGACGAUGACAGCAAGUUCGACAUGCUGGUACGGAACUGUAUGGCGCACGACGGUAAACGGGCCCCUAUUCAGCUGGUGGACCAGCGCGGUUGCGUUACCCGUCCGAAGCUAAUGUCACGCUUUACCAAGAUCAAGAACUUUGGUGCGAGUGCGUCGGUACUUUCGUACGCUCACUUCCAGGCGUUCAAGUUCCCGGACUCGAUGGAGGUACACUUCCAGUGCACGAUACAGAUCUGCCGCUACCAGUGUCCGGACCAGUGUACCGAUCCGGGCGUACUGGAUGUGCACCAUCUGUCUGGCGGACCGGAACAUCAGCAGUACGGACCACCACCACCACCACCGCCACCACAAUCGCUCGAUGCGCACGUGUUCACCUCCAACAGGAAGCGUGACGACCGACGGAUUCGACGCACGCGUGCAACCGAACCGGAGCAGAAGGAGGACGUUGGCUUGAACCGGGUCAUUCGCGUAGUGUCGCCGGGUGAUCUGACCUUCCCGAUUGGGCCGAGCUCGCUGAACGAUACGGACGCUGCCACGAUGGUGUUUUCAGCACGCGAAGAAGGCCUCAUCUGUAUGACUACGCCCGGGUUUACUGUUACGAUUGUGGUGCUACUGUCGAUUCUGCUCGCCUCCUGCAUUACGUCCGCCUUCCUCUGCAUACGUCUGAAACCGUUCUCGCUGUCGCUAGCGAAGGAACGUUCGGUGGCGUUCACCAACCCACAUCUGACACCGUCCGUCACCGGCACGGUACUGACCAGCGGGGCUAGCUCCAUUGUUGGAACGCUCAAGUCAACCAAGUCGAAUGCUGCCACCGGCAGCAAAACGCGCAUGUUCUACACCUGA